UCCCAUAAUUCUCUCUACCUCUCACUCUUCUUCGUAGAUCUCUCUUAGUUGAUUCUCAUGGAUCCACCAUUCAACGAAACAUACAAAACCCUUUUGUAUAAACAGAUCAAAAACACAGAAAACAGUGUCCCGCAAACACCUUUUAGCUUCCAUGUCACUGCUGUCGUUGAAGAGGUGGAGCUUCCAUUGAUUGACGUCAGCCGUCUGAUCAAUGGAGCCGAGAAGGAGAGGGAGAAGUGUAAGCAAGACAUUGCUAGCGCUUCUAGGGAGUGGGGGUUUUUCCAAGUGAUCAACCAUGGGAUAUCAAUGGAUGCGUUGGAGAAGAUGAGACAAGAGCAAAUUAGGGUUUUUAGAGAACCAUUUGACAAGAAAAGCAAGUCGGAGAAGUUCUCCACCGGGAGUUACCGGUGGGGAACGCCGUCAGCCACUUGUCUACGGCAGCUUUCUUGGUCAGAAGCAUUUCAUGUUCCCAUGACAGAUAUUUCUGACAACAAGGACUUUACUACGCUCAGCUCAACAAUGGAAAAUUUUGCUUCAGAAUCCGAGGCUCUGGCAUAUUCAUUGGCAGAGGUCCUUGCAGAGAAAUCAGGACGGAAAUCAAGUUUCUUCAAAAAAACCUGUGUGCGAAACACAUGUUAUCUAAGGAUGAACCGUUAUCCACCAUGUCCGAAACCAUCGGAGGUGUAUGGUUUGAUGCCACACACGGACAGUGAUUUCCUCACAAUCUUGUAUCAAGACCAAGUCGGAGGACUCCAACUCAUCAAAGACAAUAGAUGGAUCGCCGUUAAACCUAACCCUCGUGCUCUCAUUAUCAAUAUUGGUGACUUAUUUCAGGCAUGGAGUAAUGGCAUGUACAAAAGUGUGGAACAUCGUGUGAUGACGAAUCCAACGGUGGAGAGAUUCUCAACGGCGUAUUUUCUAUGUCCAUCAUACGACGCCGUUAUAGAGUGUUCAGGUGAUUGUCCUGCUUAUAGAAAUUUCAGUUUCGGAGAAUUCAGACAGCAAGUUCAAGAAGAUGUUAAGAAGCUUGGUUAUAAAGUUGGCCUCCCUAGGUUCAUUAAUGAUAUCUACUAAUUUAUACACCCAGCUCUAAUGUAUUCUUAGGGUCUAUAUCUAUAUGUUUUGAUUUUUAUAAGUUUUGGUUGAAUUUUCUUAACAAAUGUUGUAUUCUAGGUAAACUGGUAAUCUACAUUUAGUCAAAAUAAAUUGUAAAAUCAAUUAUGUUAAA